CCCUGAUAUCUAGACCUCGAUAUUCAUGCCGAAGACCUAGUCUCAUAUGUCUUCUCCAAUCCUUUCAACACCCCAUAACUCGAUAGAAGUUGGAGUCACGUUCCUUCAAUGACGCUCAAUCCCCCGCUCCCAACAUCUUGCGCUGCAUACAAGGAACAACAAGCACUAUAAAAUUAGGUAGGAGGAGAAUAUGGGAAAAGACUUUAUCUUUAUCAACGUCAAAGAGCCAAAGGAUGCGCUCCAACUGGCGAAAGAACCUGAAAUCCGAUCGCAUGUGGCCUGCUACCAGUGGAAACAAAUUGGGACGACUCGCUCCUCGAAAAAAAGGCACGCCGCGGAAUAGACUUGCGCAGGUGUCAAUGGGUCUGGAAUUAGAGCACCCAUCCUGUUCAACGCAGAUUGAAACCGACCCCGGUGCCAACAUGCGGACCUCGAUACCGCGUCAGCUGGGCGGGCUGCGAGGGGGAUCCGUUCUGGUCAUAUCCGAUAUCGUUUCGGCCUUUUGUUCCACUAAUCGUGGAUCAUUUAUGGCAGUUGAUAUCCCCGAGCUCGACCAAUCGGGAAACCGGGGACUUCUAAGAACCAGCUGGUUCCCUCUUGUAAUGACCGAGCCGGCUCUGUUCCUGGUCAUUAUCUUGCUUGCUACAUCCCACUACGCUUCUGUUCAUGACCGGUCCAUCGAAAUGAGGCUGACUCUGCUGAGUCUCCGAUGCGAGGCCAUACAAGCCAUCAACACUGCGCUGGUGCAUCAGUCACCGGAAACCGUACCCGAUGCCUUGGUUGGCGCAAUCGCCAAAAUGGCCAGUUAUGAGGCCAUGUUUGGGAACCUGCAUAACUACUCCGUGCACAUGGAGGCCCUCACCCGCGCUAUCGGACUCCGGGGCGGGCUGUCCUCUCUCGGGCUGAACGGGUUGCUACGACGAAUCGUCGUGUGGAUUGAUCGUAACUCUGCCUUUUUGCAUGGCUCGCUCAUGUUACUUUCCUGGGGAAACGUUUGCGCCGGGGAUGCCCUUGCCCGACCCAAACCCGGUGAAGUCAAAUGA